AUGCAUCCUGUUCGCCUCCCUCUCUUCGCUUCUCUACAAGCAACCUCUCAAAUCAUUUUUCCCAACACAAAAUGCGCCAAUACAUACUGUAAACACCGACGUGAGUUUGGGCAUGGGCUGCUUGCAGCCUACAUCGACCUCAAGAAGGUGUUUGAUACAGUGCAUUGCAAAUCAUUCUGGAAGAUCUUGAGACUGAGAGAUAUUCCAACAAGGAUUAUUGGAUUAAUAGCCAGCCUGUAUACGGGCACUGAUAGUGUUGUCCUUGCGCCAGAUCAUAGGGGGACAGUUGGCGGAACCAUGUGUCUAACCAAAGGGUUGCAAUGUGAUACUGGUACAGGACCUUUUACCUGCACAAUCCGCGAUCACCAUCUCUGGCUAUAUGGCUACCUGACUUGUUUUCCACAGGGUGAUCCGGCCCACUAG